AUGGCAAGCAAGAAGGAGAAGAAGUUAGCGGAGGACCAGCUCGUUCUGAAACGGGUACUGGCUCUUCGAGAUGUGGUGGAAAGGUUCGUCAGCGAUUAUGACCAGCAACGCGAUUCUUCCGAAGUCUCAGUACGACUGGAUACAUUGGACAGGAUAAACAAGGAGUUCAACAAUAUUCAAUCGGAGAUAGAGAAACUGGAUGCAGUGGAGAACUUCGAGCGACACAUCACGAUACGCACCGAUUUUGAGAACCGCUUCUGCAGGUUGAAGGGCUUUCUGCUGUCUAAACGGGAACGAAAUCAUCCUCUUCUAAGCUCUACGAUGUCAUCAUCCUUCGCUUCGGUCCACAACUCUACCAACUUCCAUCAUCGUUUACCAAAAAUCGACCUUCCGAAGUUUAGUGGGGACGAAUCACGCUGGAUAUCGUUCCGAGAUAAUUUCCUUUCCAUGAUCCACAGCAACGAUGAAAUUCCGACAGUUAACAAGCUUCAAUACCUGCUGCAGUCGUUAGAAGGAGAUGCCAAAAAGCCGUUUGAGAGUGUCGAUAUUCAAGCGGACAACUAUGCGUCGACCUGGGAUGCUCUGAUGAAAAGGUACGACGAUAAACGAUUCCUCAGGAAAGAGUUGUUUAGAGGAUUGUUCGAUCUACCAUUGAUGAAGCGUGAGUCGGCACACGAGCUGAAUACUCUUGUCGACGACUUUCAACGGCACGUCAAGGCUUUGGGCAAACUCGGUGAGCCUAUAAAGCACUUGGACACUCCACUCACCUUCAUCCUCUGUAACAAGCUCGAUGUAUCCACGCUGCGUUCCUGGGAGCAUGAAACUCGUCAGAAGGAAGAGGUCAAAUAUGAUGAGUUAGUAGAGUUCCUCAUACAGCACGUACGAAUGCUCAAGUCAGUUUCCAGCGAUCUACAGCAUCGUUCCCAAGGGGCUACCAUCAAGGUGGCUGGUACAAUUCCCAAAAAAUCGACUUCAGUCAAGUCCAUUGCAAACGCUGCAACGAAUGAAUCUAAUUCGAACGCUCUACAAUGCCAUGCCUGCUCACAGAAGCACCAACUCUAUCAAUGUCCAACGUUUGCCAAUCUUAGUGUCAAGCAACGUCUAGAAUUGAUCUCCCAGCGAAGCUUGUGUUGGAACUGCUUCCGCCCAAAUUACCAAGCAAAGAUCUGCAAAUCUAAGUUCUCGUGCAGAACGUGUCACGCUAGGCACCACACGUUGUUGCAUGACCAAGCUGCUCCAAAGAUCACACCAAAUCCUGCCACCAAAUCAACUCCUGCUAACUCGUCUAAUUCUGCUCCGCAACAACAAACUCCAUCCACGUCGGGGAACGUGGGGACCGCUGGAUCAUCUAAUCCACCCGAAGUGAACCUCUCCGUUCAAUCUCGCCAUAGUACGGUCCUACUGGAAACGGUUGUUCUAACCAUCGUCGACAAACACGGCAAGGAACUUCGUGUUAGAGCCCUACUCGAUUCAGCAGCGAUGUCCAACUUCAUCACGAAGAAACUGGCAAACACACUUGCCACCCGUCAAGCUUCCGUGGACAUUGCUGUUGCUGGAAUUGGAGAAUCCGUCAAGUAA